AAAAGGAAAGAGCCAAGUGGGUCAGAGGCACACGUUAUGAGCAGGCAAUUCCAUGUGCCCACAUGGAUGAGGGAAAGAGUUAGAGAAGGAAGAAGAAGAUGAAGAACAGGCAGCACAACAACAUCAACUGAAACAUCCAAAACCCAAAAAAAAUAAAAAAAAUCUAAUUUUUCUCUGUUGUUUUACACUAGAGACAUAAUCAUAUACAUAAGAGAAAAGAUAUAGAAAGGUUGAAAAAGAAGAUGAAGGAAAGCAGUGAUGGGUUUGUGAGGGCAGAUCAGAUUGAUCUGAAGAGCAUAGAUGAACAGCUUGAGAGACACCUCAACAAGGUAUUGAUCAUAGACAAGAAAAAGCGAACAGAAGAGGAAGAUGUUGAUCAUGUUCAUGUUCACACAAGUGCUACUUCUUCACCAACUUCCAUUAAAUUCAAAGGUGCUGGUGGGGUUACCUUCAAGAAGCAAAAGCAGGAGUGGGAGAUUGAUACUUCUAAACUAAUCAUCAAGAGUGUUAUAGCACGUGGCACUUUUGGCACGGUUCAUCGUGGUGUCUAUGAUGCCCAAGAUGUUGCUGUUAAAUUGCUGGACUGGGGUGAAGAAGGCCAAAGGACAGAAGCUGAAGUUGCUUCCCUAAGGGCAGCAUUUAUACAGGAAGUUGCUGUUUGGCAUAAACUUGAUCAUCCCAAUGUCACAAAGUUUAUAGGGGCAACAAUGGGGUCUUCAGAAUUGCAGAUACAAACUGAUAAUGGUCUAAUUAGCAUGCCAAGCAAUGUUUGUUGUGUUGUUGUGGAGUAUCUUGCUGGAGGUACGCUGAAAUCAUAUCUAAUAAAGAACAGGAGGAGGAAGUUAGCUUUUAAGGUUGUCAUCCAGCUGGCACUUGAUCUUGCAAGAGGGCUGAGUUACCUUCACUCUCAGAAGAUUGUCCAUAGAGAUGUAAAGACAGAGAACAUGCUGUUGGACAAGACACGCACAGUAAAAAUUGCUGAUUUUGGGGUUGCACGUGUCGAGGCAUCAAAUCCUAAUGAUAUGACUGGGGAGACUGGUACUCUUGGUUAUAUGGCUCCAGAGGUUUUAAAUGGCAACCCCUAUAACAGGAAAUGUGAUGUGUACAGUUUUGGUAUCUGUUUAUGGGAGACAUAUUGUUGUGACAUGCCAUAUCCUGACCUAAGUUUCUCAGAAAUUACUUCAGCCGUUGUUCGCCAGAAUUUGAGACCAGAAAUACCAAGAUGUUGCCCAAAUUCUCUAGCACAUGUAAUGAAGAAAUGCUGGGAUGCCACUCCAGAUAAGCGGCCAGAGAUGGAUGAGGUAGUUUCCAUGCUGGAGGCCAUUGACACAUCAAAAGGUGGAGGUAUGAUCCCACUUGAUCAACAGCAAGGUUGUCUUUGCUUCCGCAAAUAUAGAGGACCUUGAAGUUACUAUAUUCUUUAGUCCAGCAAACAAUUUGGUUAUAGUGGUUUUUCACUAUUUGAAAAAUCAAUAUGUAUCUAUGGUGAGAAAACAGGAAUUUGGAUGGAUAAUGAGUCAUGACAGAAAUACACAGUAGUGGUUAUAGGUAGGAGGUGCUGAUGACAUGUCAAAAGCCUUGGAUGUGUAAAGCUGUACCUCUGGUUUUCUUUUACCCUUACCUUUUUUCCCCCUCCUUGGUUUGGGUUUUGUUGGUAUGGUGGGUAUUAAUUUCAGCUUGGCAAUGUUGCCGGAUUGGCCUUGUAACUUUCUAGCAGGAUCUUCAUUAUACUGUUGCAAACUUGCAAUCAUAAUUUAUGUGAUUAAA